AUGCUCCCCAAUAUAUAUAAUGUCGAAUCCGAUACCCUCGGAGUUGGUCUUCUCCAUGGAUCGUCUCGAUCUCCAAGUUUUAACAAAACAUCAAUCUAUACAAACCCAACAAUGCUCAGCGACUUUUAUCAAAAUUUGAAUGCAAUGCGAUGUCAACAAGAGCUAUGCGAUGUAAUUCUUGAAGCAUAUCAGAUUCAAGGAACAUCUUCGGAAGAUGGAAUAAUUGAUGAAUCGAAUGGUCCACAACAUAUUCAUGCACACAGAGUUAUUCUUUCAGCAUCAAGCUCUUAUUUCAGAGCAAUGUUCACCGGAGGUCUUCGAGAAUCCCAUCAACGUAUUGUCCCAAUUAAAGAAGUUGACGUGGAAGUUCUAUCUCAAUUAAUCGAUUACAUGUACACUGGAAGAAUGAGAAUAGACGAACAAAAUGUUCAGACGAUACUGACAACAGCUAGUCUUCUUCAGCUCACUUGUGUUCGAGAUGCUUGUGCCAGAUUCAUGUUGGAGCUACUCGAUAUGACAAAUUGUGUUGGAAUGGCUGAAUUCGCUCGAGCUCAUGCUUGUCAUCAGUUGGCACAUGCUGCUCAAUUGUAUACGAGGCAGCAUUUUGUAGAGAUAAUUGAUAAUGAAGAGUUGUUGAAUCUGGACAAAGAAGCAUUUUGUGAUUUGAUACAAGACGAUCGGAUUACUGUACCAAGUGAGAAACCGGUAAUGCAAGCAGUUCUCAACUGGGUUAAUCACGACGAACAGAAUCGAAAAGUCCAUUUGGGAGACUCGGAAGAUAGGAAUCCACGAGAGGAAGUGAAUAGAAAAUGGUUUAUUGCUCGAGAGCCAAUGCCAGAGUCACAGCACAUAAUGGUGGUUGGUGGACAGGCCCCGAAAGCGAUAACAAACGUAGACCUCUUCGAUCCAGACAGUCAACUUUGGAGUUCGUGUGCUUCUCUCCCACAAAGAAGAUGUCGAAGUGGGGUCAGUAUGUGCAAUGGCUACGUCUACACAACUGGUGGUUUCAAUGGAGCACAAAGAGUGAAAUCGGUUGAUUUCUAUGAUCCACGGACUGAUACUUGGAGAUCUGCAAAUCAGAUGAAUGCGCGAAGAUCGACACAUGGGAUAACUACGUGCCAAAAACUACUUUAUGCUGUUGGAGGAUUCGAUGGUACCACGGGACUUGCAAGUUCCGAGUAUUACGAUCCUCACACUGGAAACUGGUUUCCACUUCCAUCGAUGAGCACUCGACGAUCUAGUGUAGGUGUGGCUGCAAUCGGAGAAGAUAUUUACGCAAUUGGUGGAUUUGAUGGGGUUUCUAAACAGUGCCUGAACACGGUUUGUAUUUUAACUAUAUUUUAUUUUCAUGAAAGGGAAAAACAUAAUCAUAAAGCGGAUUUUGGUGGUAACGGGAGAAAAUAG